AUGGCAUACACAAAGUUGAGCGAAUUAACUACAAGGGGACAAAACUGGAACAUUCAAGUGAAAGUAAUGAGGAUUUGGGAUUCAGUUAAUCCUACUACCGAUGAGCUUAUUAGCCUAGAUAUGAUACUCAUGGAUGAGCAGGGUGAAACAAUUCAUGCUUCUAUCUGGAAGAAUCUAAUAGAUACUUUUAGAUCAAAGAUCAAUGAGAAGUCUAUUUACGGAUUCAGCAAUUUUAAGGUUGUGGAAUCCACAAAAUAUAGGCCAGUGAGCAAUGAAAUUAAAAUAUUUUUUGCAUACAAUACAAAGGUAAAGGAGAUAAAAGGAUCUUCAGAAGUUUUUUUGGACUAUUGCUUCGAGUUUGCUACCAUGGAGACACUCGAAGAAAGGGCAGGAAAAGAUACACAAUGCUCAGAUGUCAUUGGACUUCUAACAAAAAUGAAGCCCGUGGAGACAAGAAUAACAAAAAAGAGCCCACAACCUUCAUAUAUCCGCGAGAUUGAAAUACUAAUGCCAGAGGGUGAUAAAAUCAUAAUCACGUUAUGGGGAAAGUUUGCUUACUUUUUGACCGAGGAUGUAAUUGGCAGCCAAACUGUCAUUAUUAUUACAUCAACGAUGGUGCAGAGAUUCAAUGGUUUGUGCCUAAAGUCAACCAGUGCGACAAGAAUAUAUAUAGAUCUGGACAUACCAGAAGCACAAGAACUUCUUGAAAGGGACUCAACACAAGUAACCUUACCAAAAAUGAUGAGUAUAGAUAGAAGUAAUCAGGGAACACUAGAAGAACAAAUGUUUUACAGGCGGAGAACAUUGCAAGAACUUACUAAAAUGAGGCACGAAAACCAGCAAGACCAGGAUUUUGUGUUCACGACAAUAGCUACAGUAGAUCGGUUGCAAGAAAAUAUUCAAUGGUGGUACAUGUCAUUUGAUAACUGUCCCAAAAUGGUUACCAAGGAAACCGACAAGUAUUAUUGUAAGAGUUGUGGUAUAUAUCCAGAAAAGGCCACACCUCGGUAUCGUAUUCGACUCCAAAUUAGUGACCAUACAUCUACUACAAGUUGCACAUUAUUUGAAGAGGAGGCUGCAAGAUUGCUUAAUACAUCUGCAUCUGACUUGCUGGACUCACUAGAUGGGAAAACGGAAGAAGCGCCAAAGAUAAUUCAACAAUUAUGUGGAAAAAAUUGAUAUUUCGAUUCAAGCUCAAUGAUAGUAAUCUCACAUUUGGCACACAAAACUAUGCAAUAAAGAGAACAUUUGUGCCUGAUGAUAGGCUUGAGAUGCUCUACUUGAAUGACAAAGCCGAGGAGGUAAAAGAUUCAUUAACUUUGUUUCAAAAAUGAAGUACCAUCUUUAGAAUUCCUUAACCAAUUCAUAUUACAUUUGUUGCACAGGAAUUGAUGGAUGAUGAUGUAGACACUAUGUUAAUGAAGAAGCAGAACAUGCCAGAUAAAAAGGUGAUUGACUUUUUGAUGAUACACACUUCAAAUUUUAGAGAUGUGUCUUAUUUUGAAAAUGUAUAUGUAUGCAGUCACAGAAUAAUAAAGUUUCACCUUCCUGCAAACUGGUGCCUGUGAAAGAGGAGCCAUAUGACAGCAAUGAAUCCACAUUAAAUAAAGACAAGCAGCAAGACAAAAGAUCAUCAUCGUCAUCACGUCAGCUCCGUAGUGGCAAUAAAAGGAGACUGAGAUCUGUUGUAAUAUUGUCGGAUGACUCAGAGGAUGAAUGCACUGAGACGAAUUUGCCAGAACAAAAGAAAAAAGGUGUCCCCGAGAACAAGAAACAAGUUAAAGACAAAGCCAAAAAUACAGUGCCGGAAGAUGAAGAUGAAGUACGGAAAGCAAGGCCGAGAAGAACAAGGAAGUUGUCUAGAUAAUAUUUGGAAUUGUAGCUUAUGAAAUAAAUAUUACGGCAAUCUAUUUGUAUCGACCAAGAUAAGUAAGAGUACUUGAUAUCAACCAGGAUGGCAAGGAUACUUAUUAGAUUAAGGGAGUGGAUGUUAGCGAUGUUCUUAGUCUAAAACAGAUCAAAAAAACUGUCUUCAUGUAGUUUCCUUUAUAUACAUGCUAUUGUAUCCAAAUCAGUACAAGGACAACACAAUAGAUAGGAACAUACUACAAGACCAGAGAUUGACGCAUUAGGAUUCACUUCACAAUUUGAAGAAACUAUACUUUCGCAAAUCAAUAUGGGGCCAGCACAAUAGACAGGAAUAUACCUUGCUCAAGUAACUUCAUAGCACAACCGGAUAUGUACAUAACGCUAGCUUUGCCCAGCGGCACAAUU